AGGCUCUGUCUGGUGGGACCAAGUAAUGCUUAAAAGAUUCUUUUUAAAGCAAUAUUGUAGUGUAUGGUACUGGGAACACAUAUUUUAUUGCCAUUGAAGAUCGUAAAUGAAAUUGUAUAUUUCUAAUAUAUUCAAUUUAUAUGUUAGCCAUGGAAUUUAAAGUUGAAAUGCAGGAAGAUUUUGUUGAAAAUAACCAAAAGGAUACAGAGAUGCAACCAUUCACAUUCAUAAAUCUAAAAAACUUCAAAAAUGAACUAGAAGAUAACUUAGAAAUGGGACUAACAGCUAAAGUUAAGCAAGAGUUCAAUGAAGGUGAUCAAGGAUAUAUAGAGAGUCAGCUAUUUACAUCACCAGAUUUUAAAGACUUUAUUAAUAAAACAGAUGAAGAUAAUUCAGGUUUGUCUCAAAACAGAAUGGAAAUCAUGAAAACUGAACUUGCAUGCACUACAGAACAACAAAUAAAUGCAGAUACUGAAGAAACAACAGGUUCAGUGGACUGACAUAUAAAAGGGCACACUGGAGAAAAGCCUUACACAUGUAUAAUUUGUUUUAAGCAGUUUUCUCAGAACUCUAAUUUGAAAACACAUUUGAGAUUGCACACUGGAGAAAAGCCUUAUAAGUGUGAAAUUUGUUUUAAGCAGUUUUCUCAGAAAGUUAAUUUGAAAAUACAUUUGAGAUUUCACACUGGAGAAAAGCCCGACAAAUGUGAAAUUUGUUUUAAACAGUUUAGUAAAGCAAGUAAUUUGAAUGAUCAUAUGAAACUUCACACUGGAGAAAAGCCUUACAAGUGUGAAAUUUGUCAUAAGCAGUUUACACAAACAUCUCAUUUGAAAACCCAUUUGCGAUCUCACACCAGAGAAAAGCCUUACAAGUGUGAAAUUUGUUUUAAGCAGUUUACUCAUAAAAGUACUUUAAAUGAUCAUAUAAAAAUUCACACUGGAGAAAAGCAUUACAAGUGUGAAAUUUGUUUUAAGCAGUUUAGAAAAAUAACUUUUUUGAAAACACAUAUGAGAGUUCACACUGGAGAAAAGCCUUACAAGUGUGAAAUUUGUUUAAAGCAGUUUAGCCAAGGACAUACUUUGAAAAGACAUUUGAAAUUUCACACUUGAGAAAAGCCUUACAAGCGUGAAAUUUUCAAGCAGUUUACACAUAUAGGUGAUUUAAAACUCAUUUGACGAUACACAUUGCAGAAAAUUUAAUUUAGUCUAAAACUAGGAAAUUGAAUAGUUUGAAAAGAUAUCUAAUAGUGCAAUUGAGGAUCAUUAAAUGUGCAAAAUUAGUUUUAUGCAAUUUUCCAUACAGAUGAAAUUAUACACUUAAUAAACUUUAG